CCCCAAACAUGCAUGAGGCCAUACAGUAUAUAAAGGCCACGUAUGAGAAGCUACAGGAGGGUGGGCCAAUAAACACCUCUUAAAAAAGCAAUAAAGACACGAAAAGGAGAUUUCUUUAAAAACAAAAAGCUGUGUGAAUUCUAUCUAUUAUUCAAUCUGUUGGGGUCUCCAAGAACUUCACCAAGAAGAAUCAGGACUCUCCGCCUCCCUCCUCUCUGCCUUUACUCUCCUCCUCUGCCUUACUCAGCACUUGCAACCACCCAUGAGUGUGACCAACUCCUCAGCUUAUCGAUCGGAGCGUAGUUUCCACCAGACUUCAUCCUCGACUUCGUCCUCUGGCAACCCAUACAUGGAGAAGAGCCGGGGACUGUUUGCCGAGGACUUCGACUCCUUCAUGAGGCCUGGGAGCGACACUUUGGGUUUUUCCAGUGGAACUGGAAAUCUCAAAACUCUCGAGGAUUCCUAUCAGUUCACAGUUGAUGUGAGGGACUUCUCUCCUGAAGAUGUCAUCGUCACCACAUCCAACAACCAGAUAGAGGUUCAUGCAGAAAAGUUAGCCCAGGAUGGAUCGGUGAUGAACACUUUCACCCACAAGUGCCAGCUACCGGAGGAUGUGGACCCCACCUCAGUGACAUCCUCACUGGGUGCCGAGGGGACCCUGACAGUCCGGGCGCGGAGAAACCCAGCCAAACACGAGCUCGUACAGACCUUCCGCACCGAGAUCAAAAUCUAGAGAGGGACCCACUUUGUCGCAAACGCCACACUUCUUGUGUUUUUCCAUGUUACUCAGUGUAUUUCUUAUAAUCUCUGUCAUCAUGCGUCAGCCACUGCCACUCUGUAAAACACGACACACUCAACUUCAGUGACAACAACUGUUGCUGCUCAGUUAUAUAUUUAGUUGGUUUAUUUAUUCCCUUUCAAUCUCUUGGAUAUAUUUAUUAGUUACUUUCAGAUUUUCUCCCGUCUACUAACGUAAUCCUAAAACUGAGAAAUUGAUCCAUUUGAAAAACUAGCUCGUCAUUAAUAAUAAUAUUUAUAAUGUAUUAUUACUUGUGUGAAUAAACAUGGCUGACAACAACCCUAUUCUGUCAAAUCCUUUGAAAGAAUAAAACACCACACAAAAGGUGUUAAUGGUGUGUGUGU